CUCUCUCUCUCUCGGAGGAGGUCGAAGAGAAGAGAACGAGAGAGAGAGAGAGAGAGAGAGAGAGGGAGAGGAGUUCUCUAGGGUUCCACUCUUCUCGCUCUCUCUCUUUGCCUUGAUUGCCUCUAUAAGACGUAGCGUGCUGGAGAUGUAGUUCUCUUUCUCUUUCCCGUGUCGUAGAGGUCUUUCUCUCCGUUUUUAGGGCUUUUUUUAAUAUAGUUUUUGGGUGGGAUUCCAUGGCCGCCGGCGGGGACAAGAGCGGAGACUUUUACGCCGUCCUUGGGUUGACGAAGGACUGCUCUAAUGCGGAUCUUAGGAAUGCUUACAAGAAGCUCGUCCUGAGAUGGCAUCCAGAUCGAUGCUCGUCUUCCGGGAAUUCAAAAUUCGUUGAAGAAGCCAAAGAGAAAUUCCAAGAAAUCCAGGAAGCUUAUUCGGUUCUCUCUGACUCCAACAAGAGAUUCCUGUACGACGUUGGAAUCUACGAAAGCGAUGAUGACGAUAACGGAAUGGGUGAUUUCUUAGGAGAAAUGGCGCAGAUGAUGAGCCAAACCAAGCCCAGUGAAAAUGGGCAGGAGAGCUUUGAAGAGUUACAGAAGCUAUUCGUUGAAAUGUUCCAUGCGGACUUGGAUCUGGGCCUUGGAGCAGGCCCACAGAGGCCCAACAAGCCCAUCAACGAAUCCAAUGUCCAAGAUUGCUCCACAUCCUCAUCUAACGGUGUUAACAAACGGUGCAGCUCUGGCAAAGCCAAACUGGAUGAGUUUAGCUUCACUUCCACUUCCUCUGAGUUCUGCUUUGGGUCAAACAACACAACAGAAUCAUUAAAAGGCAUAAAUGGUGGCGGAGAAGGCAGCAGCAGCAGCAAGCGACGGAGCGGGAGGAAGCAAAAGGUUUCGUCGAGACAUGAUGUAUCAUCAAGAGAUGCCGAAAUCUCAACAUAGAUCACCAUCAUAGGUUGAGAUUUUAAUUGAGGUUCAUGUUAGUGUGUUUUCCUUUUUGUCAAGAUUGGUUCCAGUUUGCUGAUAUAAAUGAUACCAUUAACCACAAAUGGUUUGGUUGAUUUUUUAUCAGCUUUUGGUUCCCAAUUUGAAUGAACCUUAAGUUUAUUCAUGUUGUUCAUCUUUUGAAUUCAAGGAUUUAAUUUUAUUUUGCAAUCUCUCAA